UUAGAAGUGCAGUUCAGUCCUGAAUCUACAGCCUGAUUUGUAGUUAAACACGGCCAGGCGGACCGCUCUGUACACUCUUGGGGUGAAGGGAACUAAGAGACAGAAACACACCACUAAUGUCCGUAGAGAAGAUGGAGACAACAGCCAGUGUGUCCAAUGGAGCAGGGCCUGUAUAUGAGGGAAAAGAAGAUGCUCUCAGUCCUGAGGAUCUGUCUGAGGUGCUGGCAGCUGGGACCAAGGAGGUUCACGAAAAGGCUGAGAACACCCAGUUUGUGAAAGACUUCCUCAGGGGACGCAUCCGCAAAGAGCUCUUCAAGCUUGGUGCCGUGGCGCUCUACUACACGUAUACAGCCAUGGAGGAGGAGAUUGAAAGGAACAAAGAGCACUCCCACUUUGCCCCUCUGUAUUUCCCGACAGAGCUGCACCGCCACGAGGCCCUGGCCCGUGACCUCGAGUACUUUUAUGGCCCCGACUGGCAGAGCCAGGUCCGCUGCUCCCAGGCCACCCAGCACUACGUGGACCGCAUUCAUCAAGUAGGCCAGGAGGACCCGGUUCUGCUGGUGGCCCACGCGUACACCCGCUACAUGGGGGACCUGUCCGGGGGGCAGGUGCUGAAGAAGGUGGCGCAGAGAGCCAUGAAGCUGCCGUCCACGGGGGAGGGCCUCGAAUUCUACCAGUUCGAUGGCAUCCAUAGCGCCAAAGCAUUCAAGCAGCUGUACCGUAGUCGGAUGAACGAGCUGGAGCUGGACAUGGAAAUGAAGAAGAGGCUGGUAGACGAGGCUGUCAAGGCCUUUCAGUUCAACAUGGAGGUGUUCGAGGAGUUGGAAGAGAUCGGUAAAACCAUCCAGGAGGACGUGUUGGACGCUGGCAUGCCAGUCCAUGGAGCAAUGGGUGGAGACAUCAACAAGUGUCCCUACUAUGCUGUCAAAACGGCGGCGUCUGGUGGAACGGCGUACGCCUCCCAGCUCGCCAUGGCUGUCCUCCGACACCCGACCGGACAGGUGCUGCUCGCUACGUGGUUCGCCGCUCUGGCCGGAUUGGCUGCGUGGUACCUGAUGUGAUCCGGCCUGCUGCUGUCAGAGAAAGGGAGGAGAACGGACUGUAAGGAGUGCUAGAAAAGCUCCAUCCAGUCGUAGACCAUUUCGUAGUUUCACACAAACAUUCUGAACAGGUCCAAGUUUAUUUUAUGUUACGUGUCUGACCUAAACGUGGAACCCGAUUCUUGUCGAAUGGAAUUCCCGUAAAAUGAUCCGUAGGACCAUUUAGGUCGUCGCCUCCAGCCAUCCACCCAUUAAGCUCCGCCUUGUUACCAUUCAUCCUCCUGUCUUUUUAUUUCUCUACCUCCUCUGCACUAUCCCUCCAUCCUUCACACUUCCAGUGUGGAAGCGCACGAUGCUAACACCUAAUUUAUUGUGACGUUACAUUGCCUCCCAAUUUAAAAAUGUACCUGCCAGGUUGAGAAGCAUGGUGACGUAGAGGCUGCCCAUGUGUAAUUAAACGGUGACAAUUCGUUAACUGUGAUGAAUGGAUUAUCGACAUUCAUUCAUGGGGAAACAUACUAUGCAUAUGGUAUGCAUGGCGUGAGUAUAAUAGCACAGUGUGUCUUUGCUGGGCAGACUGCUGAGUUGAUGUUGAAUGAGGCCUUUAUUUUAUAAUCUUAAUUUGACCAGAGAGAAAGGAAGUAAUGUAUGAGUCAAUAAUACUACAGUAUUUUUUUUUUCACUUCUACACAUUGAUUGAAGUUCCAACGACAACAUUAAAACACAGUGCAGUUCUGUUCCUUUUUUUUAAAUGCAUGAUCACAUUUCACGAUUCAAACAUUGCCUCAAAUAUUUCCUCAUCGUUUGUACAGGUCGUACUAUGAGACGGGUGAUAGAAUAACAAUACAGCACACCUACACUUCAACAAGUGUACGAUUAAUAAACACCUUUCAGUGAUUAUACCACGUAUUUCAAGCUCUACUAAUGCAUGUUCAAAUGUACUAUGUCUCUGUUUCUGAAUUAUAUGAUAUGGCAUCUUGUAUUUAUGAAUAACAAACUGCCUGUUGUAUAUGCAUACCUUAACUAUACAAGAUGGAUGAUUCUGUUUGACCUGCCACAGGAGCCUAUAUUAGGACAAAGGGGUUCACAGAUGUGAUUGCAGCUGUUUUAAAAGGAAAUAAUAUUUUUUUUCUAAUGUCAAAGAUUGUCUAUAUGAAGGCUAAAUGUCUAGGGUGGUUUAUGAAGAACUAGGUGAGGUACUUAUAUGUAUGUCCUUUAGCAGCCCAGUUCUUGCUUACGUAUCCAUUUGUUAUGGAUAUACCAGCAUGCAUCAUCACUAAAACUACGUAACCGUAAUUCAUUUUGUGUUCAUGCUGUAAGCGUGGGAUCAACUUUCCCAGUAAUGCACAACCCUGUCCUUUAAACACAGAUGAGGAGGAAUAUAUUGUUCCGCGUGGACUGUUUUGCAGUGUAUUAAGAAGCUUCCUGUGCUUUGUGUAUUUGCACAUGUUCUCACAUAAUGUACAGUUUGGCUGCACGGUAUUCUUUCAUUAGAAAAAGUCAUUGAGAGUCUAGCAGGCAUGGAGACCGAUGUGAUGACGCGGUUGAGAGUCUCAGGUUAAUGUUGAAGGCAGAUGGCAAAACAAUGGAGGAAAAGUACAGGGACCGCUUUAGCUCAAUGGCCAUGUUUUAUUUUUCGAUGCCAGUGUGAUGUGUCAAAAUGCUGCAGUGCAUUUGGGAUGUACUGAGGGGAAGAUUUCUAUACAUCUCGGGAGAUUUGGUCAUUGAUUUAACCUUAGAUUACACAGAGUGGGAUGCGUGACUAAUUCAUUUUGAUUUAGACUUUGGUUUUAUUAACUCUGCUCUUAAUCCCUUCGUGUGUCCAACUGGACAAAGCUUUAUAGUGUUUUGCGAGAACUCUCCCAUUGUAUGAGAGUGAAACCCCAGGAGUGUGUUGUGCCGUCUAUAAUGAAAUAAAUCCUCUUUUCCUGUUCACUGAAAUGAAGGUGAUUCAUUGGGACUGGUGUUUUGAAAUUGCAAUAAAAAUCUUAAAUGAU